CCCCUAUUUAUUUCCUCUCUCCUCCUCACUCUCCCUCCUCGUCGCGUGCAUCUCUCGUAUAUUCCCGACCCGGCACGACACAAAUCCGCGCCCCUAAUCUCGAUUCCGCCACCAAAAUCCAACCUUGCGCCGUCGCCUUCCCCCGAUUCGAGGAUUACUGAGCCGAUUUGGGCGCGGAGAUAGAGUCUUUUCUUGGCGUUCUUGGAGCCAAGCCGGGAUUUCUUUUUUGGUCACAAUUGGGGGCUGGAAUCCAGUCUUUUGGUGGGAGUUUUGAUUUUUUUGGUUGGAUAUUGAGGGGACUUCUGGUCGCCGGGAGUUUUUUCGCCGGGAGGCCGGGUUUCUUCGCCGGAGGAGCGGGGUUCUUUGACUGCCGGUGAUGGUGGCGAGGAUGAUGCGGUGGCCUCGGCCGCUGCCGGCGCGGAAUUUGCGCGUUCGCCUGGUGGUGCGGCGGGCAGAGGGGUUGCCGCCGCCACCUGCGCCCCUCUCACCGGAGGGGUCCCCUGAGGCGGGCGCGGAGGUGUUCGUGGAGGUGAGCUGGAAGGGCCCGAAGAUGUCGCCGCUGAGCUCGCUGCGGCGCGCCCAGCGACCGCCCAGGAACCAGACGCGGAAGGAGGUGCUAGCGGCGGAGGCCGCCGCCGCCCAUUCCGACGCGGAGGACAGCGCUGCCGCCGUCGCUCCGCCGGUGGCGGUGGCGUGGGAGGAGGAGUUCGAGAAGGAAGCAACGCUCACGGCGACGUCGCAUCGCGAGUCCGCCGCGUUCCACCCCUGGGACGUCUCCUUCUCCGUUGUCAGUGAAUCAAAUAAAAUGUCAAAGAACAAACUUAUUCUGGGAACUGCUUCGCUAAACCUAGCGGACUACGCAUCUUCUGCUGAAGAGGAGAUCAAGAUAAUCCUACCAUUGGCAGUGCCCAGUGGUGCAACAGAACCAGCCCCAUCACUCCAUCUAACUUUGGUCCUGGCGGAACUGAGAAUUUCUCAACAAUCACCUGAUGCUUCACAGCGUUCUGUUGUUAUUGCGCCAUUGUCACCUUCCUCUGGUGACUCUGUUCCUUCUGGAAAAGAUGAGGUUUCUGUCAUUAAAGUAGGGCUGAGAAAUCUGAAAAUCCUAAGAGAUCUAGUGUCAACACGGAAGUUCAGAAAGACUAACCAAGACUAUGAUGGCAGUGAGGAGAAGUACUAUGUUCAUAGCGAUGGUGCCGAAUUUUCUUGUGAUACUGACUCUAUCGAUGAUGAUUUGGACGAUAGAGAGCAGGGUGAUGACUUAGGGGGUUCAACUGUAAGGAAGUCCUUCAGCUAUGGCUCACUGCACACUAUGAAUGUCGGUGCCCUACUUUAUGCACCUAGGAUUGAUGGAGAUGAUGAGGAUUGGGUACAUUACAGUCACUGGAAUUCCGGUGCUAGUUCUCAUGUGGAGCAAGCGCCAUUGUCCAUUGCUGAGGAGCGUAUUUCUAUACCUGUCCGGCGAAAGAGGAGCAUACUUCCAGUUAGAUGGAGAAAGACAAAACUGCCAAAGGCUAAAGGGGAGCCUUUGUUGAAGCCAUAUGGAGAAGAGGGAGGUGAUGAUAUUGACUAUGAUCGACGACUGCUGACCUCUUUUGAUGGAUCUGUUUCGGAGGGAUCAAAUGACUCUACUAAUAGUAUGGUGUCGGUAUUCGGUGAUGACGAUUUUGUUGUGGGGAACUGGGAGUCAAAGGAAGUAUUUAGUCGUGAUGGCCACUUGAAGCUUUCUACACAGGUGUUCUUUGCAUCAAUAGACCAGAGAAGCGAACGAGCUGCGGGGGAGAGUGCCUGCACAGCACUUGUGGCUGUUGUUGCAGACUGGUUCCAAGCAAACCAUAACCUGAUGCCAAUCAGAUCACAGUUCGACAACCUCAUCCGAGAAGGGUCUCUAGAAUGGAGGAAACUUUGCGAAAAUGAGACCUACAGAGAGCGCUUUCCUGACAAGCACUUUGAUCUUGAAACAGUCAUUCAUGCAAAGAUCCGCCCGCUCACAGUGGUUCCCAGCGAGUCAUUCGUUGGGUUCUUCCAUCCAGAAGGUACGGAGGAUGUAAGUGGAUUUGACUUCCUUGAUGGUGCUAUGUCAUUUGAUAACAUCUGGGAUGAGAUCAGCCGAGCAGCGGAGUGCUCCACUGGAAAACCUACUCUAUACAUUGUCAGUUGGAACGACCACUUUUUCGUCCUCAAGGUUGAAGCCAAUACUUAUUACAUCAUUGAUACACUCGGUGAAAGGCUGUCUGAAGGUUGCAAUCAGGCAUACAUCUUGAAGUUUGGUGACAAUACCAUGAUUCAUAAAGUACCUGCUGAAAAGAAGGAAACCAAUCCUGAUUCCAGUGGACCCCCGAAGGAUUCUUCGGAGAGUUCCUCAACUGAGCAGGACAGUGGAACUGACACCGAAGAGUGUGAGCUCGUGUCAAAGGGUAAGGAUGCUUGCAAGGAGUACAUCAAAAGCUUCUUGGCUGCCAUCCCGAUCCGGGAGCUGCAGGCUGACAUCAAGAAGGGUCUCAUGGCAUCAACUCCGCUGCACCACCGCCUCCAGAUCGAGUUCCAUUACACAGAAUCAUGCCCUGCAGAAGCCAUCCUGCCUGCUCCACUCCCCCCUUUUGAGGCCCCUUUCGACUUUCGUUGGCCUGAGCCACCAUCACCACCUGCCAUGGAGGUUGCUGUAACCCAUGCGGUCACCGUUGUAUAGAUGGCCAUGGUUGCUGAGACCUAGGGAACUGGCUGCUUAGCUUAACAUAUAGAGAGCCGUGUUUUUUAGAGCGAAUUGUGAAGUGGACCAGAUCGAAGAUUUGGCUUCGUUUCUAGUUUGCUCCGUUUGCUGUCUAGUUAAGAUGAACUGACUAGCAUAGUUUAACUGUCUUUUGGGGGGGUGGGGGUGUUUUCUUCUUCUUCCAGGCUUUUUGGAGCUUUCACUUUGUAAAGAAAGAAAGGGUGUUUGCUCCUGCAUCUCUCUACCUGUGAAGUGAGUUUUCUGGACUUGUAAUCCCUAGAAUAUUGCCAUUAUGUUAAUUAUCUCCUGUUCUCCUCCGAUAUAUGUCUUCCGGUUUGAUCUUGCAUGUUCUUCGGAGAUAUUCACAAUCUGACAGUUCUCCAAGUCUUUGGAUCGAAGAUAUAGUUCAUAUAUGUUUGAAUGAAA